CAUAGGCAGCUCACGACACCGCACACCGUCUUUGACGCCCUCACACCAGUUUGCUACUUUUCAAGUCUGUCCAGAUGAGCUUAUGCCAAGCGGUCUCGUGAUCAUCACCGGUGCCCCAGAGGCCAAGGACCUCAAGUGGGACCGCGACAGUCUGCUCACAGACUUUGAGCCACCGUUCACCCGGCUUGCUUCAUUCUUUCCACUUGGUUGUCAUGAAUUCUCUCAGGGCGCUGCCGAUGACGCCCGAGAUAAUGAAGCGGUCUGGCGGUCGAUUCCGCUCCGCCAGGCGCGCUUGCCCACAGGAUUCUCCCAGAAUCACAACCUCCACCACACUUACCGGCCAGAUGCAAACUUCAUCUCAACCAUGACAGUUUCGCUGGCAGACUCGGCCUACGACACAUCAGACUUGCAGCAGAGCCAGAGCGAAUUCAUAGAGCAGCUCUACGAGAACUCAUUGGUACUACACGAUGAUUCACGAGGCUCACAGCUGCAUACACAGAGUUUUGAGGCGACGGGCUCAUCAUUGUCAGCAUCCCAGGACAUGGGCACGGAAGAUUCAGACCAUCUUCCCGGAGCGUCCCAUCCAUCUGCAGCCGUGAGCGGCGUGGGUCAUCUCAGCGACCUGGAAGACCUGCCCAAAGCCACCUACUUAGACUCCAUCCGUCCACAGACCAUGACCGUGAACCUGAUUGUGGGCAUCAUCUCUAUAGCAGAACCACGAACAGUCCGGACUCGAUGGGGUUCGACCAAGUCUCUGGUCGAGAUGUUGCUUGGCGACGAGACAAAGUCUGGCUUCAGCGUCACGUUCUGGCUGUCGAAUGACAAGCGCGGCGGAGGAGGCGACCACAGGGACUCGGUCGAGACAACCUUGCGAGGUCUUCGCCGACAAGACGUGAUCCUGCUGCGCAACGUUGCCCUGGGCACCUUUUCCAACAAGGUGCACGGCCACAGCCUGCACACCAACAUGACCAGAGUCCACCUACUCCACCGCCGCAAAGUUGACGGUGCAGAUCUUUGUGGACUGUACACUCCAAGAGAGAUGGCAUCCAGAAGAAGCACACACCCACAACUGGCCAAGGCAAGGAGGGUUUGGGAGUGGACCAUUGACUUUGUCGGUGGGAGUGAGCACCUGGGGAAGCGGAAGACGAGGAGCCGGUCUGUUCGCAGCUGGGAGGUGCCUCCUCCAGACACACAGUAAUCAGUUAGCUGCUGCAACCAAGCAUGCAAGUCGUCCGUGACCAAGUUUCUGCAGUUGACUAGUAAUUUAUGAAUGGCUGGACUGCGUGAUUCGUGACGAGUGCAGACCUGCACGAGCUUU